GCGAGCGCGGCCGCGGAGGAAUCGUGCUUCAGAUCUCUCUCCAGGAACGUCCUGAGGGAGAGGCGCGAACCAAGUCUGGUCGGCGUCCGCAAAGGGAGGACAGAUCAGGCCCAUGAACUACAAUCCCCGCAACCGCUUUCGCUUCUAACCGUUAAGAGCGCUGAGGGCCAUGGCUGAGGUGCACGUGAUCGGGCAGAUCAUGGGAGCCACCGGUUUCUCUGAAAAUAGCCUCUUCUGCAAGUGGGGCAUCCAUACAGGGGCUGCAUGGAAGCUCCUGUCUGGUGUACGGGAAGGCCAAACCCAAGUGGACACUCCCCAGAUAGGGGACAUGGCCUACUGGUCCCACCCCAUUGACCUGCACUUCGCCACCAAAGGUCUCCAAGGCUGGCCCCGGCUCCAUCUCCAGGUGUGGUCCCAGGACAGCUUUGGCCGCUGCCAGCUCGCAGGCUAUGGCUUUUGCCACGUGCCCAGCAGCCCAGGCACCCAUCAGCUGGACUGCCCCACAUGGCGGCCCUUGGGAAGCUGGCGGGAACAGCUGGCAAGAGCCUUUGUGGGUGGUGGACCACAGUUGCUACAUGCGGAUACCAUCUACAGUGGGGCUGACCGCUACCGCCUGCACACCACCGCUGGUGGCACUGUGCACCUUGAGCUGGGCCUACUGCUGCGGCACUUCGACCGCUAUGGCGUUGAAUACUGAGGGAUCCCAUGGCUAACAGUUGGUGUCAUCUACAGUAGUGGAUACCCUUGGGCACAGAAUGGCACAGUGGUCAUGAUCAUGGGCUCUGGAGACUGUCAGACCUGACCGCAGGCAAGGCAUGGCCCUGCUUCUGUCCCUGUUGGGAACUCAUGCCCUGUAACUCCCCUGGAGGCAAGUCUCCUUGUGUGAACCACGGGGCAGGAAGCCUGUGGGCCACAGGGUUGCAGGAAACAAGGCUGCAUAGC